AUGAAGCUUUUGGUUUAUCGAGACACAUUUUGCGUCCAUUUGGGAAAAAAAACGCUUACCCCAUCAAAAAAAAUUUACAACAGAAGCCAAACAACAGCUCGGCGAAUGGUUGAAUGUACAUUUGGCAUAUUAGCAAACAAAUGGCGUAUUUUCCAUAGACCUAUUGAUGUUAGCAUCGAUUUCUGUGACACGAUAAUCAAAUCAUGUUGUGUGCUCUAUAAUUUCGUACGCAAAAGAGAUGGAAUUAACUUUACAGACACAGCUUAUAAAUGCCCACUGCAGAGUGUUAACAUUGAACUCCACGAUAGAACUAAAUCUGCUGUCAAUAUACGUAACUAUUUUGCAACCUAUUUUACAUACCCUCAAGGAUCUGUUCCAUGGCAGUACAAUGCACUCUGA